AAAAAAAAGAAAAAAAGAACUUCCGGUAUACUGAGACAAGCAGCUACAUUGUAUCAGUAACAACAGAAGAGAUUUUAGCUAUCGGUUAUUAGCUAGAAUACACGAAACCCACCUGACCUUUAAGACGACAAUAACAGACAUGGUCAAGAUCACUUUCCAGUCCGUCGUGGGACAGAAAGUCGAGAAGGAGGAGAAUGAUUGCGACAAGACCGAAAUUCUCAUACCCCAUCCAAUGGACGAUGAGGAGGGGGUUCUACCUCCACGCCCUCGGAGGUCUCCACUGAACGGCCUUUGCUGUUUGACCUUUGGCCUGGUGGUGUUUAUGUCUGGUCUGGUACUGGCCUCCAUCUACGUCUACCGCUACUACUUCAUCCCCCAGAGCCAAGAUGAGGGGCUUUUCCACUGCAGGGUUCGAUAUGAGGGCUCUGUGUACGCUCCUCAAAGAGGCAGGCAGGAGCUGGAGGAGAACGUGGGCAUCUACCUGGAAGACAACUACGAGCAGAUCAGCGUGCCCGUGCCCCACUUUGGAGGGAGUGACCCCGCUGACAUCAUCCACGACUUCCACAGGGGGUUAACUGCCUACCAUGACAUCGCUCUGGACAAGUGCUACGUCAUUGAGCUCAACACCACCAUCGUCAUGCCCCCACGGAACCUCUGGGAACUGCUGGUCAACGUUAAGAAGGGGACAUACCUGCCCCAGACCUAUAUCAUCCAGGAGGAGAUGGUGGUGACCGGGAGGGUUCAUUUUCUGCACCGGCUGGGGCCUUUCAUCUACCACCUGUGUAACGGCAAGGACACGUACCGCCUGCAGCGCCGCGCCCGGAGACGCGUCAACAAACGAGGAGUAAGGAACUGCCACCGCAUCCGCCACUUGGAGAACACGUUCGUGGUUGAGACCGUCAUCUGUGAUGGAGCGUAAACCAUUCCCGUCACGACUGCCCGGCCUGACCUCUGAAGGCACAGCAACCUCUCCAGCCACUGUAGCCCUCUUUUGUGGAGAUUCAUAGAAUUACCUUUCAGUUGCACUUGAAGUAUGGUUUUGUUUGGUUGUUUGGUUCCUUUUUUAUAUGUUUAAACUUUUUUCUUUUUUCAAAUGCCAUUUGUUUUGGUGUUGUUUUUGGAAGUUAUAUUUUCCUUGUGUUUGCUGGUUGCAAUAAUACAUGUUUUUUCUCAGAUUGGAUGAAGUUGUUUCUGGUAGCAGAACCACUAAGCCAAUCAUGAAGGCUUCUUUCCACUUACGAGAACUGUGAAAUUCCUCGUUGUCAGGGGAGAUGACCGUUUCCAUGUAUUGUCAAGGUGACUGCACUUUAUUUCCCUGGUUUUGAGACUAUUGCUCUUCCCUUUUCCCUUCCCUGUUGGAAGACCUAGCGCUAUGACAUUUAACCCAAUGUCCUUUUGUAACCAACAAAAAUGUUGUAUUGUGGUGUUAAAUUGCUCUCAGCUUUAUCACAUUUUAUGGUUUAUAUAUAUAUAUGUAUUUUCUGUCUUUGGCUUUAUUAACUCUCACCCUUCCAGACUACUGUAAAUGUGAUGUGGUCUUUAAGGACCAGUGCAUUAAAAAUGGACAACACAAAUUGUUGGUUGAAUUGUUAGUUCUUGUGCAAGUUUUGAACCUCUGAGGCCCUGACUCAGUGUAUAGGACUUAAAAAAUACUCGCCUGAAACAGUAAGUAAUUAAAUGGCAGCAGAAGCUUUUCAGCCGAAGCGGUCUUUCUCUGUAAUACAUUUAAAACUGUUUGUCUCGUUUUUGAUUCCCUUCUUAUCCCUUCAUCUUUUCACUUUCUGCAACGAAGCGUCUUAAACUUUUUGUGGUCUUGAUCCACGCUUGUGUAACUCAUCGUAGAUUUCUGUCUUGAUUUCCCUUCUGCAUGUCUGUUUCUCUGUAAGUAAAAACUGCACUGUUAGAUGGCAUUCUUUUUAAGACCACGUUUUAAGCCUUGGUCCAGAGUCAGAGACUGGACUAACGUAAUGUCUACUGCAAGAGAGUUAUAUCAUAUGCUGUUCUAUACCUUUGACUGGUGUGUAUAUUUUGUCUACUGGUGAAGUCCCUAUCUGUGAAUAAAGUAGUUAAACAACA